AUGUAUUCCGCUCUAUUUCCAGAUGCUUCUUCCUCGAACGAGGCCGUCCACUUGCAACAGAGACUGAAGAGCCUUAGCUCUGAACUGGUUACUUUAAGAAAUCGGCUUCACACCGGAGCGGGUCAAACGACGCCGGCCACGGCGGCGGGAGCUAAUGGAACGGUAACAGUUGGAAACGCCGUCAUCACACCAGCCACAACGCCAAAUACCAAUAACCCACAAACGCUCGGCGGUCACGGAACAACGACGACGACGACGACGACAACGUCUACCAAUGGCACCACCGGAGCAGGCCUUCAAGCGACGACAGUGGGUGCAAAUGGGAUCAACAUUCUGUCACACCUGAACAGCACCUCCAAUGGCAACGGCUGCAAUAACAACACCGCAAAUGGCAAGGGUCCCAUGCUGGUGACGCCAUCGCAGUGCAUACCCCCCAACAGUGGCAGCACGUUAAACCACCCGGGCAGCGUCAUACCAAUAGUCUCACCAAGAAAUACCUCAAUACCAUACCCGCUGCCCCAUCACAAUAGUACCGGGACGAUACUGCUAGGAGAUUCAGCGCAGUGUGGCGUUGGUGGUGGUGGCGGCGGUGGCAGCGGCAUCGGCGCGAAUGCCGGUCUAACAGGUGGCGGAACUCUUCCGCGGAGGACAGCGGUCGGCUACACAGGCAAGAACCAGAGUCCCCUGGGGGGCUCGGGAGCUGGGCUGGGUGGUGGUGCCCAUCUUAUCUCGCCAGGUGGUAACUCUGGCGGUCCCGGAGGUGGCACAAUCAUCGGCGGAACCCUCACACACCACUCGCACGGAGGUGGUCGACCCACUGUUGGGGGCAAAGAUGGCAGCAGCGGCGGUGGAAUCGCCGGCAAUGGGUCCGGCUCCAAAACGGUGAAACUAGACGACCUGAUACACCUGCCGGGACCGCUAACCGAGGAUGCGGUCAUGCGAACGCUCCACACCAGAUUCAACGAGGGGAAGUUUUUCACCAACGUUGGGCCGAUUCUUCUCUCCGUAAACCCAUAUCACGAUGUUGGUAAUCCGCUAACACUAUCGUCAACCCGUUCCGUCCCAUUAGCACCUCAACUGCGCAAAAUAGUACAAGAAGCCGUCCGGCAGCAAGCGGAAACAGGCUACCCCCAAGCCAUCAUUCUAUCAGGUACAUCCGGUUCUGGCAAGACGCACUGCUCGAUGUUGCUCCUCCGGCAGCUAUUCGCAGUGGCCGGAGGGGGUCCCGAAACUGACGCAUUCAAACAUCUGGCCGCCGCUUUCACCGUGCUCCGAUCGCUGGGCUCGGCCAAAACCUCCACCAACUCGGAAUCGAGUCGGAUCGGGCAAUUUAUCGAGGUGCAAGUAACGGACGGGGCGCUCUACCGGACCAAAAUCCACUGUUACUUCCUGGACCAAACCCGUGUCAUAAGGCCAUUACCGAACGAGAAAAACUACCACAUCUUCUACCAAAUGUUAGCUGGACUGAACGCAGAGGAGUGUGCUCGACUGAAUCUCGAAGGUUACUCACCGGCCAAUCUGAGGUACCUGCAGAACGGCGACAUCCGACAGGACGAACAUGAGGAUGCAGCACGGUUUCAAGCGUGGAAGGCGUGCCUCGGAAUUUUGGGCAUUCCCUUCCUGGACGUGGUACGAGUGCUGGCGGCAGUCCUUCUACUGGGCAACGUGCAGUUUGUAGAUGGCCAGGGUCUCGAGGUGGAGGUGAGCGGCGAAACGGAAUUGAAUGCGGUAGCCAAUUUGCUAGGAGUACCCCCUGCGCAGCUGUUCCGUGGCCUUACCAUUCGGACGCACAAUGCACGCGGUCAGCUGAUAAAGUCGGUCUGUGACGCCAACAUGUCCAAUAUGACGAGAGAUUCUCUCGCCAAAGCGCUCUACUGCCGUACGGUGGCAACCAUCGUGCGGAGAGCGAACAGUCUGAAACGCUUGGGGUCGACGUUGGGAACGCUCAGCUCCGACAGUAAUGAAUCCGUGCACAAUCAAGCAGAAGUGGCAAGUCAGCAUGCGUCCACAAUCGGAGGAAAUGCCGGCUCGAAAUCGAUGGCCGCUCUCAAUAAUGCGGUGCGACAUGCAACCGAUGGAUUUAUUGGCAUUCUGGACAUGUUUGGCUUCGAAGAACCCCGACCCGCGCAGUUGGAACACCUAUGCAUCAAUCUAUGCGCCGAAACAAUGCAACAUUUCUACAAUACUCACAUCUUCAAAAGUUCUGUUGAAUCGUGCCGAGAGGAAGGAAUCAUUUGCGACACCGAGGUAGACUACGUGGACAAUGUUCCCUGUAUCGAUUUGAUAUCGUCUCUCCGUACCGGCUUGUUGAGCAUGCUGGACGCUGAGUGCUCCGUUCGCGGUACGGCAGAGAGCUAUGUGGCAAAAAUCAAAGUGCAACACAGGAACUCCGCUCGGUUGGAACAGCGCGCAUCGGAACCGUACGAUCCGCGAAUGUUUGCCAUCCGGCAUUUUGCCGGGCGCGUCGAAUACGAUACGACGAACUUUUUGGACACGAACCGCGACGUCGUGCCGGAUGAUUUGGUGUCGGUGUUUUACAAACACACCUGCAACUUUGGAUUUGCGACGCACCUGUUCGGAACGGAGCUGAAGGCGCUCUAUGCCCAGGAAAAUGUACCACGUGGUUUGAGUUUCCGAAUUGCGCCAACUUCGCACACCGACUUGUUGAAUGGAGACGAGCCGGUUUCGACUCUGACGCAGGACUUCCACACGAGGUUGGAUAAUUUACUGCGGACAUUGGUGCAUGCGCGACCGCAUUUUGUACGGUGCAUUCGUAGCAAUACAGCGGAGAAGGCAGGUGUAUUCGACCGCGGCACUGUGGUGCGACAAAUCCGCGCCCUUCAGGUGUUGGAAACCGUGAAUUUAAUGGCCAGUGGAUUUCCACAUCGAAUGCGUUUCAAACAGUUUACCGCCCGCUAUCGAAUGUUGGCACCGUUCCGACUGCUCAGACGCUGCGAGGAGAAAGCUCUAGAAGACUGUAAACUGAUUUUGGACUUUGCGCUAGAAAAUCCUCCAGAGCUAGAUGGAUCGGUGACGUUGUCGUGGGCCCCUGGUAAAAGACACGUUUUCCUCAGUGAGGGCAUCCGGCAACAUUUGGAGAACUUGAGGACGGAAGUUCGCAUGAAGAGUGCCACAUUGAUACAAGCAACGUGGCGCGGAUGGAAUUUGAGAAAACGAUUGGGUACCAUCCGGAGAUCUCACGAGAUCAAACUGGUUGGGAAUGGACUGCUCACGUUGAACAAAAGUUCUGCUGCUAGACCUGGAAAUACAGGACCUACGACUAAAGCCAACAAUACGGGAACUGCGACGAGACCGAGGCCACAACCUAUUGCCGGUACACCACCUCCUGAUCCCAAUGAGAAGUGUGACUCCAAGAUCAUUGCUCAAACCUGUACACUAUUUGGCCUAGAUCUGGAACGCCCUCCUCCAGUACCGCCAUCGCGAUCCUACACCGUGACAGGAAACUCCAAACUCGGUUACCCGCAAACGCGAAUCAUGAAAAUGAACUUCCCGGAAGAUUCGGUGGCAGCAUCCGUUGGAGAACAGCUACGCAAAGGAGAAGCCGUUACCGUUACCGGAGCUUCACAUCGGCGAGGCCACCUAAUUGUCGAGCACAAUGGCAUUAGCUUGCACGUCCCGUUCCAAUACAUGGAAUUGGUAAAGACAACAUCAUCUCCUCCGCCUCCCUCUGGUGCCUCUGUCAACAUCUAA